UGCUGCAGCCUGGGCCUGGGCCGGGCACUGGCCGAGAGGCGCCCAGGAAAGAGCCCCCAAAGUGCUCCUCCUCAUCGGGGGCCAUGUGGCUCCUCUGGCUGCUCCUGGGCUCGGCGGAGGGCCAACUGCUGCCUUGGAAUAACUUUACAAAUGAAUGUAAUAUUCCUGGAAACUUUAUGUGCAGUAAUGGACGUUGUAUCCCGGGUGCGUGGCAGUGUGAUGGGCUACCAGACUGCUUUGAUGAAAGUGAUGAGAAGGAAUGCCCAAAAGCCAAAUCGAAAUGUGGCUCUACCUUCUUUCCCUGUGCAAGUGGAAUUCACUGUAUCAUUGGCCGCUUCCGAUGCAAUGGUUUUGAGGACUGUCCAGAUGGCAGUGAUGAAGAAAACUGCACAAAUCCCUUGCUAUGCUCUACUGACCGAUUUCACUGUAGGAAUGGCCUGUGCAUUGAUAAGAGCUUUAUGUGUGACAAUCAAAAUAACUGUCAGGACAACAGUGAUGAAGAAAGUUGCGGAAACUCUCAAGAAGCUGACAGCAACCAGAAUUAUGUGACCACAGAGCCUCAGCUGAUCUUCUAUCCCAGCAUUACCUAUGCAAUCAUUGGAAGCUCAGCCAUUUUUGUACUGGUAGUGGCUCUUCUUGCUCUGGUUUUGCACCAUCAGCGAAAACGCAACAAUCUCAUGACACUUCCUGUGCAUCGACUGCAGCACCCUGUCCUCCUGUCCCGGCUAGUCGUCCUGGAUCAUCCACACCAGUGCAGCGUCACCUACAAUGUCAACAAUGGGGUCCAGUACAUGUCCAACCAGACCUACCAUAGGCCGCCACCAGAUAUAGACUCCCCACCCUCUUAUUCAGAAGCUGUACUAGACCAAAGACCCCCAUGGUUUGAUCUUCCGCCGCCUCCUUAUUCCUCAGAAACAGAAUCCCAAAGUCACAUAGACCUACCUCCUUAUCGAUCUCGAACUGGCAGUGUGGCAAGCACAGACGAUGCAACAGCAAGGAGCCCAGGGACUGUGGACAGUAUUCCACCAAGAAGCACGGUCACAAGUUUGGACUAUCACAGUACUGAACAUGAAGUUCCAGCUGAGCAAAGUGACUCUCUGAUUAACUCAAUUUGUGUCAGGGAACUAUAAACUUUUAUUUAUGAAGUUCUUCUGGAUAUCGGUUUGGGCUUGGAGAGGAGCUAAGAAGUCUGGAGUCACUUGGACUCUUCCCACACAACCAGUGCAGCUCUCGCAGGAGCUUCCCCAAUAGAAAGGCCUAUUGAAAUGAAUUAGAGAUGUGCAAGCCUCCAUUAAACAAUUUCUCAAUUUGGUUCAAGGGCAUACAAACAGGAGGAAGGUGCAGGUGCCCUUAGCCAUGCUAGAUACAAAUGUUGUAUGCUGAAUUAAUGGGAACAGUUCCGAAAUUUCAGUUUAGAUUCAUGUUGCCGGUUUCUGGAACACGUUAUACUUUUAAGGUAUUUCAGGAGUAUUAUGUGCAUGUGUCAGACUAUAAUAUAUACACAUGCACCUAGAUAUACUCCUAUAUUUGAAAACAUCUCUUGCUGUAUUUUUAAAACUGUCUAUUUAUGUCUGUAAGUAUGUAUAUAAUAUGUGAGUAAAUGGAAGCUUGCAUUAUGCAAUCAUUGUAUGGUGUUGCUGGUGGCUACUGGAAAUCUCUCCCUGUUUAAAUAUCUCCAAAGUUGAAAAGGAACUCAUACAGAACAGUAUAGAUUAAAUCCAAAUAUUAGUCUCAACUAAUAUAUAUCUGUUGGAGCAAUGGAGUUAACCGAAGUGUUGACUCUAGUUGGGAUUAACAAUUGGAUUUAGGCCUGUCACUUGCAUAAAGAUUUAUUCUGUUAUCUGAUAAACUGUAUGCCCUGGUUUGACCAUAAGGUUGUAAAAAUCUCUUGUUUUAAGACUCAUUGGGUGAUUACAGGAACCUAAUAUCACUUUCCAAAUUAAGAUUUCAAAAUCUCCCAUUUUGAUUUUUGUAAUAAUUUCAGUGAGCGAACCAGUUUAUUUUGAGGAGUAGUUUAAGGAUUUAGGAGUACACUCUUGAAUGUCUUGUUUUGACAAAGAGAGAUGCUGAUCUCUCUCCUGCUCCUGUCCUCACUGCCACACAUCUAACAAUGUAGAUGUUACAUUGGGAUUAUUUCAGGUUCUGUGUGUGCCAAAAUGUAAGAUUUUGGGGUGCCUGAACCAGUUGGAGCUUCCUUGAUUCCCUGAUUUUAAGGGAAAGGAAUAUGGGUUGCAUCUGCACUGCAGAAAUAAUCCAGUUUAACCCCACUUUAACUGCCAUGUCUCAAUCCUAUGGAAUUCUGGGAAUUGUAGUUUGUUGUGGCACCAGUGUGGAUACAACCAUAAAUGCCUUAUGUUUAUCUCUUCCUGGUCAUUUGAAGUGCCUUGGCCUAUGCAGAUACCAAAUGUCAGAGCUGCAACUCAUCAGGAAAUCAUUCUCAUGCCGUAUGUGUGAGAUACAAACUUUUCCAUGAAGAAAAACCUUGUUUACCUUUUUACUCUUUGUAAAGUGCCGUUUAGUACCAAUUUAUUGUUUGCUGGGUGUAAUGAUAACUGAUUCACACUUUGCACAUCAAUCUCAUUAGAUUAUUCACACCAGCUCUUGUUCAAGGAUUUACCUUUACUUGUACACUUUAAAUAUCUACUACAACAAAGACAUGUAGUACACACGGCUACAGCUUGGUGUGAAUCAGCCUUUAGAAUGAUGCAGUACUUGGGCAUCAUUCAGACUACCUAGUAUUUUAAGGAUGUACCCAGCAACUAAUUUUUUUCCUUCAUAAUUUGGCCCAUAGUAUUUUUGCAAUGCCAAAAUAAAAAAUCACUUCCUAUUAAUGGAUACUUUUUUGACCAUUCAAAUUACAGGCACAGGAGCCAGUUUUCAAUCAGAAUUACUGUGGAGUUGGGGGAAGUUAGAUCUUUGCCAACCAAAACACAGUAGAAUUGGUGUCUGGAUUAGGUUCCCCAUGCUGCUUUUUUAACACAGGAAAGUAAGACAUGGCUUGCUCCAGAUGUCUUUGGAGUAAUGUUCAGCUUGACCUUAAGGUCCUGUCUUAAUAGGUUCUAUUUGAAUGCAGUGUAUACUUUUUAAAUAACUGUCCUCCCCCUUCCCCCCCCCACACUUUAAGAUGUAUAUAUGUGCAUUUGUGCUGAGAUACUUAGAUCUGGACUUUUAAAAUAAAUGCAUUUUUAAUGGUUUGUUUGCAUUUUUCCCCUGUUCAAGAUUACUAUGCAUUUGGUUACCAGGGAAUAACUUUUGGGUUGUUUUGGGGGAUUUAAAAAUAUUAAAUAAGGUAUAAAUAAAGCAAUAUAAAUGGAUUGUGUCUUCCCAGCUCAGUCUAGGAAAUCACUUGAUAACAUGCCAC